AUGAAUUGCACAAACCUUGUCGAACUGCGUUUGGGAAACAACCACUUGGAAGGAGAUAUCUCUGUGCUUAAUUUCUCAAGAUUGAGUCAACUUACUAAACUUGACCUACGGAUCAAUAACUUCACUGAGGGACAAAUACAAGCUGAGAUACUUUCAUUGAAAUCCUUGUCCUUCCUCUCGCUUGGUUACAACCGAUUCACCAACCUCACAGGGGCAAUGAAGAUAUUGAUGAGUUGCAAAAGUCUUCACGCACUCUUGCUUAGCGGUUCCUUUGUGGGUGAGGGAAUGCCAUCUGAUGAUGACAUGGUUGAUUUUGAUGGAUUCCAAAAUCUUCGGCUCUUGGGUUUGGUUCGUUCUAACCUCACUGGGCCGAUUCCAAGUUGGUUGGGGACUCUUCCUAGACUAUUUUAUAUAAGCUUGUCACACAACCAAAUUUCAGCAACGAUAGACUUGUCUACGAAUAACAUUGUUGGUGAUAUACCCACGGAGAUCAGCCAAUUGCAUCUUCUCUACACGUUGAGUCUUGACUCCAACAACUUCUCCGGUGUCAUUCCAGACCAAAUAUCUAACCUAAAAAAUUUAGAGGUUUUGAACCUCUCCAUGAAUCACUUGUCUGGAAUAAUCCCAUCGUCAUUGGCGAGCCUUAAUUUCUUAAAAGAAUUUAAUGUCUCAUAUAAUAACCUUGAAGGAUCGAUACCAACAGGCACCCAGCUCCAAAGCUUCGAAGCUUCUGCGUUUGAGGGGAACCCAAAACUUUGUGGUGCGCCACUUCCAAAGUGUGAACCAAAUAAGGGCAUUGAUGCAGAUAACAAGAACAACAAAGACGUGCACAAUUGGCUUCAUCAACUUCCAUGGUUUUAUAUCUUUGCAGCAUUGGGGUUUAUAGUGGGAUUUUGGGGAGUUUGUGGUUGUUUAAUUAUUAACAAGACUUGGAGAUAUGCAUAUUUUCGAUUCAUAAACAACGUACAAGAUAGGCUCCUCUAUGUGAUGAUAACAGUCCCCAUCAACAGGAUGUACAGAAGACUUCGAGACUAG